AUGCCCCUUCCAUCCUCGUGCGACGUCCUAGUUGCAGGGAGCGGCAACGCCGGCUUCAGCGCAGCAGUAGCCGCCAAACAAGCAGGCGCAAAACACGUCAUCCUAAUCGACAAAGCGCCCGAAGAAUGGGCCGGCGGCAACACCUUUUUCACCGCAGGAGCCUAUCGUACCGCUCACAACGGCGCUGCUGAUUUGCUUCCUCUGGUCAACAACGUCGACGAAGAAACCGCAAAAAGAAUCGAUUUGGAACCGUACACCGCACAAGACUUUGCGAAUGAUUUGCAACGCGUUUGUAAAGGGCGCUCUGACCCGGAUAUCAGUAAAGUGCUAGUGGAGAACUCGUUUGCGACGAUUCAGUGGUUGAAGCAGAAUGGGAUCCGGUUUCAGCUUUCGUUUAAUCGGCAGGCGUAUGAGGUGGAUGGGCGGCUGAAGUUUUGGGGUGGGAUGGCGCUUAAGACGGAAGAUGGUGGGAAGGGGCUUAUUGAGGACCAUAAAGCUAAUGCGCGGCGACAUGGCGUCAAAAGUUAUUAUUCUACUGCUUUGGAACGGCUAGUGACGAAUCCUGACACCGGAGCGGUUGAGGGUAUCGUCGUGCGGUAUGAGGGCAAGACAGCGACUAUCAGAGCAGGGGCAGUGGUUCUCGCUGCCGGCGGAUUUGAGAGUAACUCUCGCAUGCGCACUCAAUACCUGGGACCUGGUUGGGAUCUGGCCAAAGUGCGUGGAACUCCUUACAAUACCGGAGAUGCGUUGGAAACUGCCAUUCGAGACGUCAAGGCAAAGCAGGUCGGAAAUUGGUCUGGUUGCCAUUCCGUAGCCUGGGACGCUAAUGCGCCGGCUCAUGAAGGAGACAGAAUUGCAUCAAACGAGUUCACAAAGUCUGGAUAUCCACUUGGUCUCAUGUUCAAUAACAAUGGAGAACGUUUUGUGGACGAGGGAGUUGACUUGCGUAACUAUACAUAUGCGAAGUUUGGUCGUGCGAUCCUCAAUCAACCUAACCAAAGCGCGUUUCAAAUCUGGGAUCAGCGGGCGAUUCCUAUGCUUAGAUCGGAAGAGUAUCGCCCAGAGCGUGUGCGCCAAAUUAUUGCCAAUACUAUUCCCGAGCUUGCCGAUAAACUGGUUGAAUUGGGGCUCGAGAAUCGGCAAGCAUUUAUCGACAAUAUGAACAAAUACAACAAGGCAGUCUACGCUUUCCAGAAGGAGAACCCAAAACAGAAAUGGGACCCUUCAAUCCGCGAUGGUGUUUCUACCCAGUCCAAAGCGAUACAGUUGCCAUUGGCAAAGAGUAAUUGGGCACUACCCUUGGAUAAGGGCCCCUUCAUGGCUGUUCACGUCACGUGCGGAAUAACAUUUACAUUCGGAGGCCUCGCUGUUAAUCCGCAGACAGCGCAGGUUAUUUCUUCAGUCACAGAAAAAGGUAUCGAGAACUUGUAUUGCUGUGGUGAGAUGCUUGGUGGUCUGUUCUAUGACAAUUACCCGGGCGGUAGUGGUUUAACGUCGGGUGCUGUGUUUGGUAGACGGGCUGGCACAGCUGCAGCAAGAACGGCGGCUGAGAAUGCAAGAAAUGGAACUGUUGACAGUAGAGCGAGAUUGUAA